AUGCUCUUGAUAAGGCCUCUUCUUCUUCCAGAAGCUGCUGCUGAUGAAGCAUCUUCUUCAUCUGAGGAUGCACUUGACAAGGCCUCGUCUUCUUCCGAAGCUGCUGCUGAUGAAGCUUCAUCUUCAUCUGAGGAUGCACUUGACAAGGCCUCGUCUUCUUCCGAAGCUGCUGCUGAUGAAGCUUCAUCUUCAUCUGAGGAUGCUCUUGAUAAGGCCUCUUCUUCUUCCGAAGCUGCUGCUGAUGAAGCUUCAUCUUCAUCUGAAAAUGCUCUUGAUAAGGCCUCUUCUUCUUCCGAAGCUGCUGCUGAUGAAGCAUCUUCUUCAUCUGAGGAUGCACUUGAUAAGGCCUCUUCUUCUUCCAGAAGCUGCUGCUGA